CAGUGAGAGUGUAACGUUACUCAACAAAACAUUGAAAAACAAAUCCUAACAUAAAGCCAUGGCACGAGAAUACCAAAGAUAUCAUAAUUUUCAAACGAGUGUAAAGAGCCAUGGAGAUGUGGUAUAUUGUGGAGCUGAUUUGGAGAAUCGACUUCUUUGAAGCGGAUUUUACAAAGAAGUAAAAAUGAAAACCAGAAGAAGUGAUAUGGAUAAAUACAUUGCUUAUGGUUGGAUUUCUGAAUAA